AUGCCGGCCCUACCGUUUGUACGGAAGAUCAAAUCAACGCUGGAUGCUGGACAUUUGAUUUCUAGUUCCCCACGUCGAAAUACACAUGCCACACAGCCGUCAACAAACGACGAGCAAGCACCAAGCACUCCCACACGGCUUGAGAAAUCCCAGCACAACCGUCUACAUACUAGGGUAUCAUCGCUAGGAAGCCAGAGUUUCAGCACACUCCGGUCCCAGCCAGAACGUACCUUUGUCGACCUCCGCAGACGACUUGCACGCAAAGCAUCUGUGUUUAGUUUGCGAGCAAAGAGGUGGAAAGCAGAAGUUCGAGGUCGAGAGCGAGAACGAGGGCAAGAGCAAGGGCAAGAGAAUUAUCCAGAGAGUGGUGCCAAAGGGACUGAACAAUUCGUCCAGCAAGAGAAGGUUUUGGCCCGCGAAGCGAAAGAUUGUUCAGAUCUCGAGGUUCGGUCGGACGUCUACGACAAGGCAAACGAAGGAGAUCCUGCUCCUCCAGGAAAAGGCCUCGACACCCCUUCAGCUUCUUCCAUAGCGACCAUCCCUUCUCCACAUAUACAGUCCUACUCUGUACCAGCAAAGCCCACACUUUCAGCUGUGUAUCCUGGUCGGCCGCUCGACCAAAUCGAUUCGGUUCAAGCACAGAUUCUUGGUCAACAGGAAAAUUACGUCUGCAGAGAAAUAGCAGGCGGAGUAAUCUGCGUCAACAUGUCUUCCGAACAAGCACCUCCUCCUGUCCCUUAUACCCGUCUGAAGGAGAUUACAGAAAAUGCCUGCUCUACCGCCCUCUCGAAUGUGACUGCAUACUCUCAUACUGAUACCGAGUCUUGGAACACGACAAUAAUAAACAGCAUUCUUGGCGCUCUGGUGGAGGAUACUUCGAAAUCUGGUUCGGCUUCCUCACAGCCACAGUUCAAAUACGUCGUCAACAGCACCAUCAUCCAACACGCGUCCUCGUCGUCGGAAAGUCCCAAGACUGCAGGUCGUCGAGGCAUGCACGCCGCCAGUGGUGCGUACUGGAACAACGAAAAGGAUGGGAUGUGGAGCUACAAGUACCCUGGGGCCGAGAGCAAGGGGCUUGACGUGGUGGUGGGCAUCAUUUGGAUCUGGGUUGGAACAGUAUAAAAAGUGUCAACUGUACGAUUGUCAUUCCCAGUCACGUCGGUAUAGCACAGAUUGUAGAAUGCUUAUUGGUCACCCUCGCGACUUAAGAGGAAGGGGAGAGAGUCGUAUGUGUAUAUGAAGUAAAA